GUUCUGUAGAUGACAAGGGUUCCACACUGUUAUUGUUAUCAAUUGACACGUCAUAGUGUGUUUUACAUUCUUUUCUCUUUUUUCCUUCGUUUCCCCCAUUUUAUUUCAUCUUUUGAAAACAUUUUUUAAAGAAAUGGCUGACUUGUUCAACAAACAUCUGAAAAAAGCAACGAAUCGUACCAAGGAAAAACUUCUCGAAGGAAUCGGAAAGGCAAAAGCAACACAAGAUGAGGUAUUUGAUCAACAUGCCGCUAAUUUGAAUAAACAGAGCAAAUCAUGUGAAAAGUUGCACAAGGACGUUAAGAACUACUCAUCUGCUCUUCGGACCCUUUUGUCAGCUGAAAAACAGUUGCGAGACACAAUACGAGAUGCUUAUGAGCCAGAAUGGCCUGAUCGAGAGCAUCUUACUGCUAUUUUUGAUAAUUUGGACAUUCAAACAAAUGAGCUCGAGAAGACUGUAUGUGAUGACUUGCCACAAACUGUUACGCAAUAUGUGAACCAAUUUCCAGAUCUUAAGAAGAAGAUUGAAAAACGUGGCCGCAAACUUGUUGAUUAUGACAGUGCCAAGAACUCGUUUAACAGUGUGAAAGCGUCGAGCAAAAAGGAUAAUGAUCCAAAACUUGCGAAAGCAACAAUGGAGCUUCAAGCUGCUGAGCAAAUGUACACAGAAAUGAAUAAUGAGUUACUUGAAAUUUUACCAGCUGUAUUUGACAGUCGUAUCACAUUCUUCGUUGACACUCUUCAGACUCUUUUCAAUGCCAACAGCGUUUAUCAAACUGAUGCCAGCAAGUUCCACAAGCAAAUCGUUAUGCAAUUGGAUAAACUGGGAGAAUCAAUGGACUAUUUGAGAGUUGCUCGUCCUGAAGCCCGAGCUCUCACUCCAAUCGACACGACGUCUCUUGCAUCGAGUGAUGCUCCAGCUACUCCUGACCAGAAUAAAUCUGAUAACUCAUCUCUCCGUCAAACUCCAUCUCCAUCGGUUUUACCAUCUCCAGUGCCGGCACCGAUGGCGAAACCGAGAGAAAGUGUCGUCUCAAUGGCCAACUCUACAAAUCCAUUCGAUGAUGACGACGCCGAACACGACAAAGAAGCGACUCCAACCGACGUUGAGGAGAAGUUUGAGGCUAAAGUCUACCCGAAACUCAACGCUCAACAAACAGCUGCUGCCGAGCAAGCAAUUGCCGCCGCAAAAAGGGAAAAGAAGGAAGCUUCUAAUCCAUUCGAUGACGAGGAUGAUGAAUCAACAGAAGUAGAAGAAGCUCCAAAGAAAAAAGAUCCAGAACCAACUCCAAAGCCACUUGAUGGAAUUACAAAUGAAAAGAGAAAAACACUAUACUUUGUGACUUCAACUCAUAAUUACAAAGCUGUCGAUACAGAUGAACUGAGUUUUGAACAAGGUGUGCAGAUUAAGGUAAUUGAAGCAAAUGAAGAUGAUCAAUUGGAUGAUGGAUGGAGACUUGGAGAACUUGAAGAUGGAAAGAGAGGUGUUUUUCCGGAGAAUUUCACAAAGAAGGUGUAGCACUUUGUUGAAUAUUAGAAUUCAAGGCAUUUUGUUUUUAUGACGAAUUUCAUUUUAUUUAUCCUACUUACAUAACAUUCAAACAUAUAACUGGAUUCCAAGAUUUUGCUGUACAAUAAUAUAUAUUCAGUUGAAAAUUUUAAGAUCCUUAUAACUUUAUAUUGCCUACUCCAUCGAGAUAAUGCUAAAAUUUUUUUUUUCGUGUUCUAGCUUCUCCCAAACCGUUGUGAUUCAUUUAUAAUACGUUUCCUUCCUUCAAUGAUAUAAGUUGACAGUAGUUGCAUUUUACUUUAGCUUCCAACAGAUUGUCUCCUCGCUUGUGCCUUUCUCAUCCAUCUUCCCUCCUCUUUUGUAUUUUUAUUUAAACACCGAAGUAUUUAAAUCAUUUUUCUU